UUAUCAAUUUUUGUUGGUUUCGCACAUGUUACCUUUGAUUGGUUUUGUAUAUUUUGUAACCAAAAGUAAUACGCAUGCGCUUUUACAACAAUCGUGUAUAUAUAGUGAUCCUAUAUUUAUUAUAUUCUUGCUCGUAAUCACAUUUUUCUGUAUUCAAAUAUUUUUCUGUAUAUUGUGUAUGACCAAUAAGUGCAGAAAAUAAGUCGUGGAGAGGGCAAUAGACGUGCGGGGAUCUCCUGAACUUAAUUGAGUAAUGUGAAGUGAUCUCAUUCUUUCGUGAAACGAGAUAGAGCAACUGAUGAUUACUAUUCACGAAAUGUCAAAAUAAUGUUUAUUUGAAAUAAUUGAUUACUGUUGAAAUAAGAUGACAGCUAAUUAUUACUUUGCAAUUGUUGGUCACGCUGAUAAUCCUUUAUUUGAAAUUGAAUUCAAUAAUUCGGGGAAAGAUGCAAAGAAAGAAGAUUAUACGCAUUUAAAUCAAUUUAUUGCACAUGCUGCAUUAGAUCUCGUGGAUGAACAUACAUGGAAAACAACAAAUAUGCACUUAAAAGUUGUAGAUAAAUUUAAUCAAUGGUUUGUGAGUGCAUUUGUUACAGCAACUCACAUUAGAUUUGUUAUGGUACAUGACAGUAAAAAUGAGGAUGGUAUCAAAAAUUUUUUUAAUGAAAUGUAUGAAAUGUACAUAAAGUAUUCAAUGAACCCAUUUUAUAAAUUAAACACACCUAUUAAAUCUAUUGGUUUUGAAAAAAAGGCACAACUGUAUGGCAGAAAGUACUUAUCCUCCUGAAUUCUUUAACUGCUAAGUUAUGUUAUAUUAAUAUUAUUCUUAAAUACACUAUGUAAGAUAUAUUGAUUUUAUAAAAUUUUGUUUCUCCU